GGACUUUGCACAUGCUCAGAGGCCGUCUCCCCUCCCGCGAAUCGCGGCCGCCUGUCUCCCCCCGACAGAUUUCCCUUGUCCUUUUUUGCGCUUGGAGGAAAGGAGAAGGGGCGCCGCGCGUGAUCUUGCGGGGAAGGAAGUGCGCUUUGCACAUGCUCGGAAGGGAUCUCGCCUUUGCUUUCUUGCAUCGCCCUCCGUUCCUGGGACGUCCUUUUUUCCCUCCCAGUUUCGGUCUCCAUUAUCGACUUGGGGGAAGAAAGACGGGCGUUUGUUUCAUCUCGCCUCAUUUUUUGCGGAAGAUCGAAACAGUUUUACCAUGAAUGUCGGAAUCGACAAGAUUGCGGAGGACAAAAUGCAAGACAGUCUCGUAAACCUUGACAAAGAAAGAGAGAAGGAGGGAUGUGAUAAUCGGGAGGUGAAAGACAGCGAGAAAAAGAUAACAGAGGAUAACAAAAAUGAGGACUCCACAUCGACCAAAGAUGAUUUACAGGAGCUGCAGGGGAUGAAAAUGGAGCAGGGUAAAAGCACUAAGGCCUUGGUGACAGAAAAGGAGGCCGACAGAAACCACAAGGAGGUGCAGUCUGAUUCAGACAUGAUUGACCUGAGUCAAGAGAAAGAAGAGGAGGAAGAGGAGGAGAACAGCAGUGAGGAGAUAGUGGUAUGUUUUCAUGGUAUUGAAGCUGCCUGCCCAUCUUGUGCAGAGAAUGCCAUCUGCCCUGAACAUAAGGAGUCUGGCAGUAUUGGGAGCAGAGAAGACGACGAGCCGCUGGCUGGGAGGCUAGAGGAGAUCAAGCAGCGCUACGGCAAUUUGUGUCAGAACAGCACCGUUUUCCAAGAAAUGAUACUGCGGCUCAAAGCCGGAUGGAGGAACCAAAACAAGGAGCGGGAUUGUUUGCCUGGGGGCUCAGAGCGACUGCAACUGAAUAGGAUGAUGUGGGGCGGAGACGAAGUCAGCUUUCCCCCCAGCAUUGGGGGCCAGUUGGGAGCCCUGGACAGUCCCUCGAGGACGGUGGACUGUCUGCUGGAAGCCAGAGCUCCAAUUUCGAUCCCGUUUGGCGGGGGCUUCUUUGACUUCAGCGAGUUUGCGGUCCAACAGAGUUUCCUCCAGAGGAAAGGCCAAGAGCUCUCCAAAACGUUUGGGCCGGGCCUGAGCUCCAGCAUGGUGGAGCUUCGGACUCCGGAGAAGCCGCUGCCGGCGGAGAAACCCUACGAGUGCAACGAGUGCGGGAAGAGCUUCAGCAAACUCGCCACCUUGAACACGCACGGCCGGACCCACACAGGGGAGAAGCCCUUCAAGUGCUUGCGCUGCCACAAGGGCUUCAGCCAGAGCUCCCACCUGCAGCUGCACGAGCAGACCCACACGGCGGAGAAGCCCUACAAGUGCAACGAGUGCGGGAAGAGCUUUGGCAAACGCUCCACCCUCAACACGCACGGGCGGACCCACACGGGGGAGAAGCCCUUCAAGUGCUCCCACUGCGACAAGCGCUUUAGCCAGAGCUCCCACCUCCAGCUGCACGAGCGGACCCACACGGGGGAGAAGCCCUACAAGUGUGUGCUGUGCGAGAAGAGCUACAACCAGAGGUCCAGCCUCAUCAUCCACGAGCGGAGCCACACGGGCGAGAAGCCCUACUCCUGCCUGGAGUGCGGGAAGAGCUUCAGCCAAAAGGCCACCCUGGUCCUCCACGAGAAGAGCCACCGGGGGGAGAAGCCCUACAAGUGCCUGGAGUGCGGCAAGGGCUUCAGCCUGAGCGCCGACCUCAUCCGCCACCAGAGCAUCCAUACGGGGGAGAAGCCCUACACCUGCUCCGAGUGCGGGAAGAGCUUCAGCCAAAACUCCCACCUCAUGGCCCACAUCCGGACCCACACGGGCGAGAAGCCCCACAAGUGCCUGGAGUGCGGCAAGGGCUUCAACUGGAGCUCGGAGCUCAUCGCCCACGAGCGGACCCACACCGGCGAGAAGCCCUACCAGUGCCUCUACUGUGCCAAGAGCUUCAGCGUCCGCUCCAGCCUCAGCAAACACGAGCGGACCCACACCGGAGAGAAGCCCUUCGUCUGCCCCCAGUGCGGGAAGGGCUUCAUCCAGCGCUCCAGCCUGGUGGCGCAUGAGCGCUCCCACACCGGCGAGCGGCCCUACCUGUGCCUAGGCUGCGGCAAAGGCUUCCGGGAGAGCUCGCAGCUCAUUGCCCACGAGCGGACCCACACCGGCGAGAAGCCCUACGUCUGCUCGGAGUGCGGCAGCUGCUUCAAAGCCAAGGCCGCCCUCCUCCGGCACCAGCGCGGUCACUUGGACCUGAACUCCUUCAUCUGUGCUGACUGCGGGAAGAUUUUCUCUUCAGCCGCCGAGUCCCCGGAGAAGUGUCCUGAGUGCGUGAACCUGAGCCUGAUCUUGGAUCUGUCGCAGGCGUCGGAAGAGGCCGAUCUGGAAACGGCUGAAGGAGCGGGACAAAGCGACGGCGCUAAGAUGUGAACGGGUGAGGCCGGCUGGGCCUUGGGUGUUUUGCUUUUUUCUGCCGGUCAUAACGUCAGUUUCCCUUUCGGAGGGAGCGGAUCCUGGCCAAAGGGACUGUGCCGCGGCUGACGGAGGACCGGUUUUGUCGACGGGAGGUGACUGGGGGCCGCUGAAUACCUUCCCCUCAGAUGUGAUGGCCUUCGCAGCAUUGGUUCCUGUUGCCAAACCAGGCCCAUUUCAGACCCUUUGUGGGGGAACUGGAAAUGCAGAGAGGACCAGAAUCAAGUGGUUACGAAAA